UACUUCGAGUAGCUCCUUUGAUGCUCAGUCACAGAGGGCACUGGUUCCACAUGUACGACUUGAAUGUGCUGUUCAUCAGCAAAUAUCUCAUAUUGUCUUCGCCAGCUUUGGAAGCUCAUCUGGGACCUGUGGCAGCUACUCUGAAGGAGAUUGUCAUGCUUCGAGUUCUCGUGCUGUGGUAGAAAAGGCCUGCUUGGGCAACACAUUCUGCUCACUCGAUGUAUCACUGAGUUUGGAGAGGACCCAUGCCCUCUAGUGGCUAAAACGUUAACAGUCCAGGCCCUGUGGAUAGGUCCCAGCGAGUUGACGAAUGAGAAUCUCAGUGAUGACGAUAUCGCUGUACCUCUGGGUAUGUAUGACCGUAAAUGGCAACGCUAUGAGGUUAUAAACCAGAGAACGCAACAGACUCAAAGUUCCCUGUCAGACAUUUGACACACUGCUCGAUAAAACUGAGGCCUGUUUUCGAGACUGCCAGCUGAUCAAGUCUAGGUUUCCCCUUUCCUUUCAUCCGUUAAAUAGGACGAAUUAGUCUUCAGGUGGGAAGUUUGAUAUAUGAUGAGGCAACGGAGCCCACCGUAGAAGCAUUUUGCUUCGUAGUAUAUCUUCAGCCUUUAUUUGAUUAGUGAGGAGCUUCGAAAUGCUUCUAGAGUCUCGUUUGUAUAUUAUAUGGUAAAAAAUAUAACAGCCGGAUUCCCGAUGUUACUUUCACCGAGGGCCACUUUUUUAGUAGAAGUAUGUCAAAGAAAGCCUGUAGGUUGAACGACGAUCGAAAAUAUGACCACUUGAGUGAUAAACUUGCAUUUCCGUCAUUCGAUACUAAGAACUACAGGCUGGUGAUAGCCGCUAUGUACUAUCGCUGGCCCUUCCGACAUCAUUGCCAGAAUUAUUCACUUGUAUCUACCCAUGAGUGCCAGCUGUCACGCAAAUCUAUUGAACUCAGUUUUGAGGCCCCAGUGUACGAAAACAUGAAAUUUGAAUGGUAGGAUUGGUGUAUCUACAACUGCAGUCAUGAGCA